AUUGUUUACCUGCUCCACGUAUAAAACAGCCUCAGUUUCAUCGUGGCAGAACAUAUUGAAAAUGCAGCACAUACAAUUCGUGCGUUUUCACCGAAUUCGUCGAAAACAUCGAAUUUUGUUGUUUGUUUUGGUAUCAGUUUUAAUUCUUUUCUUGUGUACUCUGAAUUGGAAUCAUUUAGAGACUAACAUCAACGUGCAUAUCAGCAAUUAUUUGGAUAUAGAGAAUUUGGAAGGGUUUGAGAGAUAUGAUGCAGGCGAGCCACAACAGGCGGGAUCGCUAUCAGAGUCGAUGGAGAUAUUCCAGGUACAAGACCUCAAAGAAUUUGAAAUUCUGACUUCUGAACCAGAGAAAUCAUGGAAAACUUCAAAAACAACUACCCUACCGAAAAUUGGUAUUAUGAUGGGUUCUAAAAAUAGUCAAGAUAAAAUAAACAUAAAUGACAAAUCUAAGAACAGUAUAUCAAGAAAUUUGACAAAGAUUAAAAAGAGGAAAAAAAAUAUGGCACAAAACUUUGUCCACUUCCAUGGUUUAAACUUGCAUACAUGGGACAAUGUGUGCGGUUUUGCUGUAGAAAGUCUAACGUACUUUAUUCUUUAUCCAAACGCACCGAGUAAACGGAGAAUAAUCAACAACUUCGAGUCUUACAAAACUGGAAAAGACUUCGGGCAAAGAAUUUUUGGGUACAUUCAACCCAAUUCUACAAAUGAUUACAAUUUUGGAAUUUCAUCGGAAGGCAACUCGGAGUUAUGGCUAAGUACAGAUGCGACUCCCUCGAACUCUCGGCGAAUCGCGUUCAUAGGGAGUGAACAUGUUAGAGGAACUUCCAAAUCCAGACGAUUUUCACAGUUUCCCGAGCAAACAUCCAUGCCAGUACAUUUGAAAAAGGGGAGGAGAUAUUUUAUAGAAGCAAUUUAUAAACAAAGUGGCCAUGGGAAUUGGUCGCGGGUUCAAGUGGCGUGGAAGACUGUGGGCGAAGAGAAGUUCAAGAUUAUUCCUAAUAGAUUCCUUUUUCCUUUUGUUAAUGAUAGUAGCAUUAAGGACGGGAUAGUUGCUAAGACGGAUUACAUGGAGAGGAAAUUCCCGUUGAAGCUUGGAGCGAAGGAUUUAGAUUUUAUGGAGUUUAUUGACUUUGGAAACGCACUAAAAUCAUGCGAAUACCGACCGAGCUAUUACGUUCGAGGGAAGUUGGUCAGAUAUGAGGGAGCCCGUAACAAGAACAAUACCCAUUUUGCGAGUGUCUAUCCCCCAGACGGGACAAAUGUCACGCUACCGCUGGUCAAAGAUGACGAUAUCUGGUGGACGGAAAAUGGAGUUGGCAACGACGUCAUCGAUAAGGUGGAAGCAAUGAAUGUCGAAGAGGAAUUUAUAAGGGCAUUUGAAGAGAAAUAUCAUGAUGCGUUUCGCCCAGUGCGCAUGCGUUCACUAGAGCGUGCGCAUGAUCCCGUGAAAGGAGACCGCUAUUUAUUGGACGUGGAAGUCGAUGACCUGUACAGCGGGCGCAAGUACCGCUUGAAUGAGUACAUCUACCGAUCACGUGACAAGAAGGAGCUCUGCUUCCCCAGAGAGUUCCGCUGGACCAAACAGGCCAUCGUGAAUAUUAUAGUACCGCUGAAAAACAGCGGGCGCUGGGCAACAUAUCUGAUAAGAAAUGUGGCAGAAAUCGUGAGCAAAACACGUGACCGGAAGAUUCGUCUUGUUAUUAUCGACUACGAGAGCACUGACGUUGACCUUCAGGCGACGCUGAAACGCAGCUCCUUACUUCCUUAUAUGUACACUGUCGUCACGAUACCACGUGACACCCCUUUUCGUCGUGCCCAGGCCCUCCAGCUCGGCGCGGAUGCCGUCAAGGAGAACAAUAGUAUCUUGUUCUUCUGCGACCUUCACCUGAAAAUUCCUGACAAUUUGGUAGAGAUUGUGCGAAAGCAUUGCGUUAAGGGCAAGAUGGCGUUCAACCCCGUCGUAUUGCGCUUGCGCUGUGGGAACUAUCCCAAGGUGCCUUUCGGCUACUGGGAGAACCUCGGUUUCGGGUUGCUCGCGCUGUUCAAGUCGGACUUUGAUCGCGUUGGAGGCAUGAAUGUGGAUGGGUUCAAAGGCUGGGGUGGAGAGGACUGGGAACUACUAGACCGAGUGCUUGAGUCUCAGAUGGAAGUAGAAAGACUCAAAAUCCCUGAAUUUUAUCAUUUUUAUCAUACGUCAUAUUCCAAUUCUCGGGUACUGGCCUAAAAAAGUAACGAGAACAAUUGAGAAAUGAAAUAUAUGUCAUAUGUCCUGUCAAGAGAAAGUUUUGAUUGAACCAAUACAAGCAGCCUUUAUAAAGCACGGAAAAGUACGCAGUUAUGUACGUGUAAAGUGUGCUGUGAUUCUGUACACAGCCAAACAUCAAGUGUUUUUUUUCACUAGGGGACGCGCAGGCCGCAUGUGUACCCCCUUGACCGCUAAAAAUAGGCCACUUCUUAUUAGAGGAUAAUAUAAUAUUAUACUUUUUUAAUAAUGUGACAUCUAUGAUUGUGCACCCCGUUGCAUCAAACCCCGACUUCGCGCCUGAAUAGCGUCUUCCAACAUCAUUCGACACCAUCCAACAUAAUUCGACACGACCAUUUAACAUCUUUCAACAUCAUCCAAUAUCAUUCGACAUAAUUCAACAUCUUUCACACCAUCCAAAAUCAUUCAAUAGGUAUCGGUGAUUUCGCCGACAACCAUGUUCGUUUCGCCGACACGCUUUUUUCGUCUAAAUAGGAGUCGUUACUUUCUACAGUGACUAUACUGCGGUGAAGCUCGCUUACUAUUAACAGAGAAGUGUCUUAUAUCAAAACUCAAAUCAACAUCAAACCGCUAUGAAUAACACGAUCGCGGACAAGAUCAUCAUAAUAAAAACGUGCUAAAAUCCGCGAUUAGAUACAGAUUACCAUAUAAGUUACUGCGAAUCGUAAUACCAUCCAACAUUCGACACCAUCCAACAAAGAGCCCAACAUUUAAGGCCACAAUGCGGCGAGAAUUAAAUUCUAAAAAUUCUAAUCAUUGCAAAUAUUAUAGAUAACAAUUAUUUAACUUGAAAUUUAUUAAUAAACAUACAAUUUAAAUCUU